CGACGACGACGACGACAAGAGAGGAGUCUGUCUGUAUGGAAGAGCUGGCAGAUAUCGUUCGGGUGGCAGCUGAGGCCACGAAUAAGGAUACGGUGUCGUUCGAAAUCGGUCCCAACGAAAUACUCAAUGAGCUUGUGGUGCCUCCCGACUCAAGGCUUGGAGACAAAGAUCUCCUCGGACGAAGAAGACGCAGAGCGGCUCCCACCGAACGGAAUGUUGGAGAUCAUCAAUGCAGGGUUUGCCUCAAAAGAUUUCGUCAGCUUGGGCACCUGACCAAUCACUUGCGGCUCCAUACAGGUGAACGACCGUAUGAAUGUGAAUUCUGUCAUAAACGAUUCACUCAGACGGGGCAUCUGGUGUCGCACAUACGAUGUCACACGAAGACGAGACCCUACGAGUGCCAGUUUUGUCGGAAGAGGUUCACUCAGAGCGGUCAUCUGAGCAAUCACGAACGCUUGCAUCUUGGCGAGAAACCGUAUCAGUGCAAAGUAUGCUUCAAGAAUUUCACACAGAGUGGACAUCUGGUCAACCACAUGAGACUACACGACGGUCAGAAACCGUUCCAAUGUCCCAUGUGUUCGAAGAAGUUCACUCAGUCCGGUCAUCUUAGCAAUCACAUACGACAUCACGAAGGCGGAAAAGCGCACCAAUGUCACUUCUGUCACAAGAAGUUCACUCAGGCUGGCCAUUUGGUCGACCACAUCCGGACGCACACGAAUGAACGUCCUUACGAGUGUUCAAUCUGCGCCAAAAGCUUCUCACAAAACUCUCAUCUGACUGCUCAUAUGCGAACCCAUCGCAAUAUCGUGCUCGAGGAUCGCGGCCCGCCCCCGCCUCCGACCAGCGUUGGUUCUUCGCUACAAUCACUCAAUCAAGUCGCUGCGGUCACGGGCGUGCCGAUGUCGAGCUUCAUGGCGCCACCUCCAAUAUAUGCACCUCCGAAUGCCCCGAACCUUCUGCAGCUCACCACGGCCACGGCGGCCGCGAUGGCUGCAAUCCAGGCCGCCCGUCCUCUGAUUGUUCGUGUGAAGAGAGACGAGGAGAAUGGUCUGGUAGGGGCGUCGGCGAGCGCCAGUGACAUUUACGGGAACUCAACCGAUGUGCUCACGGAAGUCGAUCUCGAAGAAGACACGCAGCCGGGCGAAGUUGCCGAGGAUAUGCGGAUGAACCAGCCGUCGACGUCGAGAGCGUCCUCGGUGAAAUCCGCAGCAGGCUCAUCUUCAUCUGGUCUCGUGGAAGAAAAUAGCUCCAAAUUCGAAAUCGGCGAAGACGUCGCAUUCGUGGCUUCAGUGAUGCACUCGCAAGAAGUCGCUAGUCUCGGCGAGCUCGGAAAGAGCGCCGAUCCAGUCCGCUUAUUCUCGAUCCAAACCAUGAUUGAAGGAGAAGAAAUCGGCGGCCGCGAUUCAUGA